AGGCUGUGUUUUGGAUUCAGCCGUACAGACCGGAAGCUAAUCGGCUCCGAGGGCUCGCGCUUCCGGUUGAGGGGAUUUUAUGGCGCUUUUGGCGGUACCGCUCGUGUGAGAUGGUCAGUCAGAGCGGGGGUGUGAGAGAAAAUGGCGUCUCCGUGGACUAAUGAUAAAGAGGAGGAGUUCGUGGCCAUGAUCGAGGGGAAGCCGGAGUUAUUCGACAACACGGAGAUGAACUUCACCAACAAGACGGCGAAGAUGAACGCGUGGCUCGAGCUCGCCAAGCACUUCCAGAUCAGCGAGAAGGAGCUGCGCAAGAAAUGGGACUCUCUCAGGACUCAGUACAGCAGGUACACUAAGAUGAUGUACGGACCUGACGGACGCUUCACCCCGAGACAGCAGUGGAUCGUUCAGCGCCUCAAAUUCCUCGACCCUCACAUCAAGCGCAGGAGCAUCUACUGCACCGACCUCGACUACGAGGUGACGGUGGUUGAAAACAGCUGUGAGGAUUCGAGCCCCGCCCAGGUGGACGUGGAGAUCGAGGCGGACAGCCUGAACAAGCUGGAGAUGAAUCUGGAUGCGUCCAAAUUCUCCAAGCAGCUCUCCAAACGGGCGUUCCAGGAUGACGACUCGGACUCGGCGCGUUCCUGCGGAACCAAGAAGCUCUGCUCUGACAAACUGAGCCCGCAGAUGUUCCCCAAAAGUGUCUCCAAGCGACAGUGUGAUGAGGAUGACGAGGAUGAAGAGUCCGAUUCAACAAGUCUGAGAAGGAUCGUGUGCAGCACCAUGGAGGAGAAGAAGGACGAGCGCUGGGACGGUUUCUCCGUCUACGUCACCUCCUGUCUCCGGAGCUUGAGCUCGUCCCGGAGCCGAAUGAGGGCGCAGGAUGACGUGUGCGCUGUGCUGCAGAGACACAUGGAGCGAGACGGCGAGGACAAUGAGGACGGAGCAGCGGACAGGAGUGAGACGUGCAGGGGAACGUGCUCCACCUGCUGCGACUCCAGGAGGAACCAGAACGGGGGUGGCGCGCUCAAGCUAACCACGCCCACAACGGACGAUCAGGACGACCUCGAACCUUUCCUCAAGUCCAUGUCCAUCAUCAUGAAGAGGUUACCUGAGGGUGAGAGGUCAGAGGUUAAAUUCAGGAUCCAUGAGCUGGUGCACAAAGCUCAGAUGAAACAUCUAAGUGAACAGCUGAACACGCAGAACUCAUCUGCUCUAUGAGCUGUGUUUCUCACGCGCGUACACGCACGCACGCGCACACAGGCACUUUUGUACAGAACUUUAUAACUUUUUUUUUCUUUUUUUUUUAAUCUAUAUAUAUUUAAUAAAAAUGUCUGUGAGGAAUAUAUUAA